AUGCACAAAAACAUCUUCACUCUUGUGUUGAUUCUUGCCUCGUUGUUGCUUGUUUGUUCAUUCAUAGUGGACAACAACAAUGCUUCACUCACACAAACUUCUUCCUAUCAUUACGCAUUUGCUCCAUCCAAUGAACUCUCUUUUUGUGGAUUCAACAUUCAAAUUCUCGGAAAGUCCAAGAUGGAGAAACAACAAGUGGUUCAAGUGUUACUCAAAAUUCUCUCAAGAUAUGACAUUAUUUUCGUUCAAGAAAUUAGAGAUGGUUCCGAUGAUUCCUUUGCUUCACUUGUCAAAUCAUUGAAUCAACAAGUGUUACCCUCUGGAAAAAGAUAUGAUUACAAAGUGAGUGAACGAUUAGGUAAAAGCGCUUCUAAAGAACAGUACGGAUUUAUUUAUAAUCCUGACAAGGUUAAAUUUGUCAAGACCAUUCAAUUCGAAGAUGCUGAUGGAUGGUUCGAAAGAGCUCCAUUUACCUUUGUCUUUGAAUUCAUUACCAAUGAUGCCAAAUUGAAAGGAAAACAAUUUGCAAUUAUUGGAUGUCAUAUUCGUCCAUCUGCUGUUGCAAAGGAACUCAAUUAUCUCACUCAAGUGUAUGAUUCCUUCAAGGGACAAGCAUUCUAUCCAAACACAAUCAUUACUGGAGAUUUUAAUGCAGAUUGUUCUUACUUGUCAAAGAGUGCUCUCAAAACUCUCACACUCAAUGACCCAAAUCGAUUCAAAUGGUUGAUCGAUGAAGAUUCCACAGUGGCUGAUAGUUCAUGCAGUUAUGAUCGAUUUGUGGUUCCUCUUGCAUUUGCGAAUAGCAAACUUUCAACUCAAGGAUUUGAAAUUCAAAAUCCAAAAGUAUUUCGAUAUGAAAAUGAACUUCAUGUUCCCCAAGAUCUUGUGAAACUUGUUUCAGAUCAUUAUCCAAUUGAAUUGAAGAUUCAAACCAGUGGCAAGAUUGGAAUUGCAACCAAGACAUUGAGUGAUCUUGUUGAGGAAGAUUUUUCACUCUAA